CGCGCCGCCCUACUCGCACCGCUAGGCAUAUCAAUUACCAGUUCCUGGCUGGAGAUUCCCGCUGGCACCUGGCGAUCGCCGUGCAAAAGCUGACGGGAGAGACCUGUGUGUAAACGACACAAGUCUCUCUCCUGCCAGCAAGGACAUGCUGUUUUGUAUUUCUCUGCAGAAUGUCUCCAAGGUAAAACAGCACACAGUACACAUAGUAAAACAAACACAGCACACAGUUAACCCUUUGAUCACCCAAAAAUUAACCCCUUCCAGUCCAGUGCCAUUAGUACACAGUCAAUGCUUUUUAUUAGCACUGAUCACUGUAUUAGUGUCACUGGGGAUGUCAGUGGCAGUUAGUUAGUUCCCACCCAGUGUCAGAAUGCCCAAUGCAGUCCCGCAAUAAGUC